ACUGUGUCAAGGUGAAUUGUCACCACUACUUCCUGUCCCACCAGACUGUGUCAUUGUAUCACCAGUCCCACCAGACUGUGUCAAUCAAUGUGUCACCACUACUUCCUGUCCCACCAGACUGUGUCAAGGUGAAUUGUCACCACUACUUCCUGUCCCACCAGACUGUGUCAAGAUUUGGAAAGAAGAAAGAUGCGAAGGUAAAGAAAGCAGAAGCCAAAUCCGUGCUACAGAGACAGAAGUCUGAGGUUCUGAGUGGAGAGGAGCUGGAGAGGAUGAAAGAGGAGAGAGAAAGGAUCGAGGCGAAGCACGCGGAGCUGAGGGAGCGUCAGGCCAGAGAAAAAGGACCUGAUGUUGAGGAUGAUUACAUGGACCCCAACUACGCACGCAUCAACAACUUCAGAGACAACUCCUCCCCGCGUCAGUCCCCCUACAGCAGAACCCGCACCCCAUCUCCCCAACGCCCGCCACCCCACGGCCUCGGUCCAGGCCCCUCCCACGGCAACGAGCCAUCCAAUAAGGACCCCCUGGACGGGCUGUACGCCAAGGUCAACAAGCAGAGACAAGCCCCGCCCAUGGCCGACAGUAGUGUGGAUCGUAUCCAGCAGCUGAGGAGAGAGUACCAGCAGGUCUGCAGAGAGGGACCAGCACCAGUCUAUGAGGAGAUAGAGACCAGACAAAGAGGACCUGAGUACAACCAACACAACGUGAGUGAAUCAUAACCAACACAACAUGAGUGACUCAUAACCAACACAAUGUGAGUGACUCAUAACCAACACUAGGUGAGUGACUCAUAACCAACACAAGUUGAGUGACUCAUAACCAACACAAGGUGAGUGACUCAUAACCAACACAAGGUGAGUGACUCAUAACCAACACAAGGUGAGUGACUCAUAACCAACACAAUGUGAGUAGCAUUGUGACUCAUAACCAACACAAAGUGAGUAGCAUUGUGACUCAUAACCAACACAACACGAGUAGCAUUGUGACUCAUAACCAACACAAGGUGAGUGACUCAUAACCAACACAAGGUGAGUGACUCAUAACCAACACAAUGUGAGUAGCAUUGUGACUCAUAACCAACACAAAGUGAGUAGCAUUGUGACUCAUAACCAACACAACACGAGUAGCAUUGUGACUCAUAACCAACACAAAGUGAGUAGCAUUGUGACUCAUAACCAACACAACACGAGUAGCAUUGUGACUCAUAACCAACACAAAGUGAGUAGCAGUGUGACUCAUAACCAACACAAAGUGAGUAGCAUUGUGACUCAUAACCAACACAAAGUGAGUAGCAUUGUGACUCAUAACCAACACAACACGAGUAGCAUUGUGACUCAUAACCAACACAAAGUGAGUAGCAUUGUGACUCAUAACCAACACAAAGUGAGUAGCAUUGUGACUCAUAACCAACACAAAGUGAGUAGCAUUGUGACUCAUAACCAACACAAAGUGAGUAUCCGUGUUGUCGUUCAGCCGCGACUCGGUGAAACAUAAGAUAUUACAGUUUUUAAUGUCCCGUUGGUAGGAUAGACAUUUAAGUCAUUUAGCAUUCGUAGAUCAUCCAGUUUAUUCUCCAGUGAUUGGCACGUUGGCCAAUAGGACGAAUGGUAGAAGCGGGUUACCCACUCGCAGAUGAAUUCUCACAAGGCACCCCGACCUCCUCACCCUGUGUUUCCGUCUUGGGCCUGGUCUCGGGGAAGUAGAAUAUCUUGUCAAUAAUCACUGUUCUGAUGCCCAGAAUCUCUUUUCGGUCAUAAGAGACGGGUUGCAGCAACAUUAUGUACAAAACAAGUUACAAACGAUGCGAAGAGACAAACGAAAUAACGCAGUUGGUUAGUAGCCCUUAAAACGUCAGCCAUCCCCUCUGGCGCCAUUAUCACUAAUGGUGGACAUAUGGAAGCAGGUGGAGACAGCAGACUGGGAGAGAUUGAAUAUAUCCGUAAAGACUUCAGCCAGCUGGUCUGCACAUGCUCUGAGGACAGAU